AUGGAAAAAACCCAUGUCACGUUCUUCUUCCUUCCCCUUCUCAUCACAUCCCUCUUCACCAUUGCAUCUUCUUCCUCAUGCCCCAUAAACUUCUCCUACGUCCAAACCCUCCCUUGGGACACUUCAACAUGCAGAAACCCUAUCCACGAUCAACAACACUGUUGCCAAACCCUUACCACCCUCUUCCACGUAGGCCUCGCCCAACACCUCAAACAAACCUCCUUCUUUCAACUCCCCAAUCAAAGCACUUCCUCCACUUGCUUGUCCAAUUUCCAAGCCAACCUCACACCCUUGUCGAUAAACUCAUCUUUGGUCCCUUCUUGCUUCCCCAACCCUUCCAUGUUUGUCACCAACAUGUCCACGUGUGCAGGCAUUGUAACUACCCAAGAUUGGGAACAAAAGGUGGGUUCGGUUAGGGUUGGCCCAUUACGGAGUUUUUGUAGUGGGGAACUUAGUGAUCAAACUCGCUGUCACAAUUGCGUUGCAGCGGGGUUAAAAGUGGCUUUUCAGCUUACUAGUGUUGACCCUAAUGCUAGUGAUGUAAAUCAAUGUUUUUCCUUUGCAUCGCUAUAUGCUGCAGCGGUUGUUAAUCCUCAAGGUACAACUGAUGACACCACGAUGGGAUGCAUAUUAAACAUACCAUUGACAAAAGGGUCAUCGAAGAAUAGAGGGAAGGUUGUGAAGGUGGUUUUUACGGUGUUGGGGUGUGUGAUCAUUGCUUUUGUGGUGAUGGUGAUCAUAUACAGGAAGUGGGAUAAGAGAAGGAAGGAGAAUGUUUAUCACAGGGAAAUUGAAAACGGCGUCAGGAAUAGUGUUUUGUCUAACACUGGUGCAAAAUGGUUUCAUGUAUCUGAGCUUGAACGUGCCACUGAUAGGUUUUCGCGGAGGAGUGUGGUUGGUCAAGGUGGUGACGGGGUUGUGUACAAAGGGAAACUCUCGGAUGGUACUUUGGUUGCUAUCAAGGAGAAUUUUGAUUUGGAGAAUAAAGGGGAUGAGGAGUUUUGCUAUGAGGUGGAGAUCAUAAGCAAGAUAAGGCACAGGAAUCUUCUUGCUCUUCGUGGUUGUUGCAUUUCAAGUGAUAAUAUGAAAGGUAAGAGGAGGUUUCUGGUUUAUGAUUUCAUGCCUAAUGGAAGCCUUUGUUACCAACUGUCACUAGGUGGGGCUAAUAGGCUAACAUGGCCACAAAGGAAGAACAUAAUCCUUGAUGUGGCUAAGGGGCUUGCUUAUUUGCACUAUGAGAUCAAACCGCCAAUUUAUCAUCGUGAUAUUAAGGCCACCAACAUACUUUUGGAUUCCAAAAUGAGUGCUAAAUUGGCUGAUUUUGGGUUGGCAAGGGAAGGUAGUGAGGACCAGUCUCAUUUCACCACAAGGGUUGCUGGCACAUAUGGUUAUGUUGCACCCGAGUAUGCUUUAUAUGGUCAACUAACAGAUAAAAGUGAUGUGUAUAGUUUUGGUAUUGUGAUUCUUGAAAUCAUGAGUGGGAGAAAAGUGCUUGACAGUUUGAAUUCAUCUGCGGAUGCAAUCACGGAUUGGGUGUGGACGCUUGUGGAAUCAGGAAAGGUGGAAGAUGUUUUUGAUGAAUCAAUAAGAGAAGGGCCAGAGAAAAUGAUGGAAAGGUUUGUUCAUGUUGGAAUGCUAUGUGCUCAUGCGGUAAUGGCUUUAAGGCCAAGUAUUGCUGAGGCACUUAAGAUGUUAGAGGGUGACACUGAGAUUCCCAAAUUACCAGAUAGGCCAGUGCCUUUGGGUCAUGCGUCCUUUCAAUCUUCUCUGUUGCAUGGUUUGCAAAGAAGUGGAAGAUCUAUGGCAUGUUGAAUAAGAAGACUAUGAGUAUGAUAUUGAUUCAACCUCUUCGGCGGCUACGCUAAUUUGUAUAGGCAGUCUUUGGUUUAUGAUCACAACUUUUCUUAGCUAUAGGACCAAUUUUUUUUAGUGAGAUUUUUUUUUUUUAUAUACAACAUUUAAAUUUCAGAUGUGAAGAGUUAAAUAUGUAUUACUCGAGUUAACAUAUAACAUGUUAGACUGUUAGUAUAACAUUUCUUAUAUUUUUUUUUCAAAA